GCCCUGCCCUCCUCCUCUCUCUCCGCCUAGAAACAUGGCUGCUGCUCCGGUGGUGGUGGUGAGGAGCUCCGGCCCGCCGCUCUGCCCGAGCUUCGCGGAGGUCUGCUCCUUCCUGGAGCGCUACGGAGCCGUGCUGGACCUCCCCGAGAUGACUUUCUCCCAGAUGGAGAGGUACCUGCGGGACACGACGACAGUUCCUAAACCUCUGGUGGAGCUCCAUGUGAAGCUGCUCAGGAAACUGGGGAGGUCUGUAACCACCGACCGCUGGGAGAAAUACCUGGCCAAGGUUUGCCAGGAGUUGAACAGCACCUGGGCCUGGGAGCUGGAACAGAAAGGCUACCAGGAGAUGUCCAUGGAGUGCAAGUCAUGCAUCCUCAAAUAUCUCUGCGAGUGUCAGUUCGAUGACAACCUAAAGUUCAAGAUGGCGAUCAACGAGGAGGACCCGGAGAAGAUGCGCCUGCAGCCGAUUGGCCGAGACAAGCAGGGUCUGAUGUAUUGGCUCCAGCUGGACCAGGAGCAGAACAUCCGGCUGUACACGGAGGAGCAGGACGACCUGGACGGAUCCACCUGGAAGUGCAUCGUCAGGAAUCGUACCGACCUGGCUGAGGCUCUGGAGCUGCUCAAAGCCCAGGUAGAACCUAAACAGAACCAGGACCAGAACCAGGACCAGGACCAAACCCAGAACCAGAACCAGGCUGGAUCCAGGAGCACCAGCCCCACACACAAAGAUGGAGGGGACGAGGCUGUUGGAGGCACCGAUCCUGAACCCUCCAAGACCUCAGAGGAAAACACAGACAGUAAGAGAGUCGAGCCUGUAAAGGAAGAGGAACCCUCAACACCAGUGCUGAAGCUGGAGCAGCCUAACAGUGAGUCUGAGGUGAAAGAAGAGAAGACGGACCACAAGUCAUCUCCCGUCUUCGAUAACCGCGUCAGCACCAUCACCACCAUCAUCAAGUCCGAGUCGAGGGACGUGGACGCUCCCAAAAACGCUGUGUCUGUCGUCAUGGCGCCCGGCGCCACUGUCACCAAAAAGGAAAUGAACAAGGAGGAGGAAGCGGAGCGGGCGGUGGUCCGCAGCAGCCAGCAGGCUAAAAUACCACUGAAGAAGAGGGAGCUGAAGAUAGCGGAGAGUUACCAUAGCAACCACCUCAACAACAGCAACAGCAGCAGCAUUAUUGUCUGCAACCCGUCGGUGAUUCAGAGCAAAGAGGGGAAGUUAACCAGCUCGUUGGCGCCUCCUGGUGGUCCGGCUGCCUCACAGCAGCUGGAGCUGAACGGGAGAGCGGCGCUGCCUUCACACAAAGACGGACAGAACGGAGUCAUCGGGGUCAUAGGUCAAGUUGGCGUCAUAGGUCACGUCGGGGUUAUUCGCAGCCCGUCGGAGCGCCACAGAGCCCUCGGGGCCGAGCAGCAGGAGCAAAACGGGGCCAGUUUAGACCACCGGGGCUCCAGAACCGGGGAGGAGGAGAGGGAGGUGGGCCGGCAGUCAGUGCUGGUGAGGAAAGGAGCAGUAGAAGGAGAAACGGCAGCAGCAGCGCCUCCUCCUGCAGCCACGGAGGCUCAAAACGGCAGAAAACUACCUUUGAUAUGCUUAAAAUCUGAUCCACUACCUGAAGCUGCAGAGAGGAAAGUGGAUUCUGUUUCCUCGUUGUCUCAGUCUGCAGAGGAACUGAAAAGAGAAACGGCAGAAAAAACAACAGAGGAGCAGAAAACUGGGCACAGCAGUCAUCAGGAGAAGGAGAAGGAGGAGGAGAAGGAGGAGAGGAGGAGAGACGCGUCUGUGGCAGGAGAAGCAUGUAAAGAUGACCAGGAAAAGAAUAAAAGCACUUUAGGAAAAGUGGAGAUGGACUCAGGGAGCAACGCUCCACUUCCAGGAGGAGACCAGCAGGAGAAAAAGGAGCAGGACGGGCUCAACGGGGCGUUGGCGGCCCAGGUGAGGGUGAAGGAUAUCGGGCUGGGGUCGGGGGAGAAGCAGCAGGUUCCCCGGGAGGAAGCGUCCUCCGAGCUCCAGAAAGAAGGAAUCAGGCUGAAGAUCAAGAUCCCUCCCCACCGCAGAAAUAAGUUGAGGAAAGGCGGGAAGGAGGAAGAGAAGGAGAGGAAGCAGGAGGUGCAGCAGGAAGGGAGGCAGCUGAGGAGAUCAGCCAGGAUCUGCAGAUCAUCUGCUUUGCCAACCUGCAGGCCGAGCUCAAAGGCGGCUGAGAGCCAGAGAAAGAAACCCCCAAAAAAACAGGCACUGGCUUCCAGAAUGAGAGAAGAAGAAGAAGAGGAGGAGGAAGAGGAAGAAGAAGAUGAAGAGGAGCAAAGCUCAACUGCAAAGAAAGACAGAAAAACAGAACCUGUUGGGCAAAUUAGGAAACUGAGGGGUAAACGGAGGCAUCGACGCACCCGAUGGUCUAACAUUCGCACUAAGAGACGCAAACUGAAUGAAGGAGACGAGGUGGAGGACAGAGGGAGGAAACGAGGAGACGAGGAGAGUGAAGGAGGGAGCGACUCUGAAGAAUCCUAUAAAUCAGAAGAGAUUCCCAGUGAGGACGCCUGCAGCCACUGUGGCCUGCCCAACCACCCUGAACUGAUCCUGCUGUGUGACUCCUGUGACAGUGGAUACCACACAGCCUGUCUAAGGCCUCCACUCAUGUUGAUCCCAGACGGAGAGUGGUUCUGUCCUCCCUGCCAACAUAAACUGCUGUGUGAGAAACUGGAGGAGCAUCUGCAGAACCUGGACAGUGCUCUGAAGAAGAGAGAGAGAGCAGAGAGGAGGAGGGAGCGGCUGGUCUACGUGGGCAUCAGUGUGGAGAACAUCAUCCCUGAGGGCGAUGAGGGGGAGGAGGAGAAGUCGACGAAGAAGAAAGAUCCUAAAAAGAGCAAAAAUCUGGGGAGAAGAUCAACCAGAACCAGGAAACACAUCAGCUACAGGUUUGAUGACUUUGAUGAUGCCAUUGAUGAGGCGAUAGAGGAGGACAUCAGGGACCUCUGUGGAGGAGGACGGCAGGCCAGAGAGAUCAGCUCCAUCCUGUCAGACGAUGGGACGAAGGAGAGCCAGCAGCCAAUCAGAAGCCAGACUCUUGCUGCCAGGAACAGGAAGAAACGGAGACUGAACGACUUGGAGAGCGACAGCACAGCAGCAGAGAGCGAAGACGAAUUCAUGCUCAGCAACAGCUCAGAGGAUGAAGACUUCGCUGCGUCAGGUGCUGAUGAGGAAGAGGAGGAAGAAGAAGAUGCGGGCAGCGACGUGGGCAGCCUGGACAGUGGGACGGGCCCCCGGCGGGCUCUGAGAGGGGCCCCCAAACACCGACCCAGCAGACCCCAACGCAGGGGCCGCAAACGGCUGAGACGGCGGCGGAGACGCUCCUCUGAGGAAGAGGAGGAAGAGAGUGAGGAAGAGAUGGACUCGGAUCAGAUCAGCGGCAUGACGGACAGCGACGCUGACAAAAAGAGGCGGGGCCUGAGGCGGGGCCAGCGCCAGCAGGUCAACUACCGCGAGACGUCAGAGUCGUCUGAUAACUCCAGAACCUCCACCAAGAAGGUCAAAGUGGCGAAACCUCGCGGCCGUCCCCGCAAGGAGCACCUCUCCACCGACUACAGCGAUGUGUCGGGUUCUUCCAGAGACUCGGAGGAGGAGGAUGAUUACGAAGACGAGGAGGAUGACGACCAGAGAAGAAGAGUGAACAAGAGUAGACGAGAGAAGGAGGACGUGCGGAGACACCGGACGAGAGAGAAGCGGUGGAGAUACGAACGGGACGAGGAGGACGACAGAGAGAGAGAGCGAGGGAGGCGGCUGAAGAGGAAACUCCUGGAGAAGGUGAAGGACAAAGACAAGCGGAGGAGGAUGAUGAAGAGGACGGAGAGAGACGAGGAGGAGGACCUGGAGAAGAUGGGCCGGGGGAAGAGGAGAGAGAUGCUGUCGGAGCAGCGACGCAAACGUCUCGCUCAGAUGCUGAAAAAACGGCGGCCUUCAACGGACGACGAGGACGACGAAGAAGAGUCGGAGGGGUCGGAGUCGUCGUCGGAGGAGGAUCGCCCGAUCCGCAAAAGACUCAACCGCAUCGACUCUGAUGACGACGAAGAAGAAGAGGAAGAAGAAGAAGAAGAAGAAGAGGAGGAGAGACAGAAGGUGACGACAAAGAAGUGUUCAUCGGUGGAGAUCGCCACUCAGGAAAAGGGGAGGGGCCGUAGCCUGUCUCCACCAAACAAACAUCGGACCUCCAGAGGCCCCGCGAAGCCUGGGGCCACGAGUCCCACCGCGCCCAGGGACAGAGCAGCGUCAGGCGGGCACAACGGGCCCUCACAUCCAGAGGAGGAGGAGGAAGAUGAGGAGGAGGAGGAAGAUGAGGAGGAGGAGGAGGAGGAGGAGGAGGAAGGCCGGCAGACAGACUCAUUAAACUCUGUCCAGAACAGUCCGCAGUCAUGAUGGCUGUUUGUGUGAAUAACGCUCGCUUCUUCUUCUUUUGUUUUUUCUUUUUUAACUGUCAGGCCUUUUUCACCCACAAGACACCUUCUGGAACUGGAAACCCACCUCCACCUCUUCCUCUUCCUCUUCCUCUUCUUACCCCCCUUCGUCUUGCUCUUCCUCCUCCUCGCUGUUGUAUUGUGUUAGAGUGCUCUCCACCGUCACAACAUCAUCAUCAUCAUCCUCACCUAACAGCCAGACAGCUGGACCAGAAGCAGCCUCGCACCACAACUGGCAACCAACAAGUCAUGUUUCAGUGGACGCACUCACACACAGCCAGGGGCCACCAGGGGCCCCUGAACUCUUGGAUUACAGACUUCUGUCUGUCUCUCUCUGGUGGGUCUUUCUGACCAUAGAUUCAUGGUUGAAUUGGUCACAGGAGUCUGUUUGUAGUGUUCCUCAUCCUAAAGCACUUCGUCAUUCUCAUAGCACUUAAUAACCCAAAGCCAACAAGAGUGAAAGUGUCAAACCGAACGCUUCGGAUCAUGUUGAUUUGAUGAUUUGAUUCCCACAAACAACAAAAAAAAAGGCAAAAUCUCUCACUUCUGAUAGUCUACAUAGGCUACACUGCAAAAAAGGUGUUUAAAAACCAGAUAAAAACCGUAAAUCUGAGGGAAAUGAUCUUGCUGCAUGGACAGAUAAUUUCACUUUUUCACACAUAUUUCUUAAAUUAAGAUUGUUAAAUCCAAAACCAAAACUCUCCAUGCUGAGAUUCUAUUAAGGAGAAGUAAGGAAAUGUUUUAUAUAAUUUGUGUGAAUCGACUCUGGAAGCAAAAUUCUUCUUUCUUGUUAUUAUCUGCAGAAAUCAUGAGCAAAAUCUGGUCAAUGACCUUAAAGCCUUAUUGACACUGAAACUACAGUAGUGGUCCCAAAACAGGGACAAGAUCCUGUGAAGGGGGUCAGACUGAACCAGCUGACAGUUCAGCCACACUAAUGGUGCGUUCAGGUGCUCCUUGUCAACUAGUAUAUGUGAAAUAUUACCCUUUAAAUGCUCAACACCAUCGUUAAACUCCAGAGUUUUAGAAGAAAAACACCAAAUAUUCUCUGAGCAGUGCUGAAAAUUAGUUUUAAUGUGAUAAUAAACAGAAUUGUUUUGUGUUAGACUGCCUGAUGCAUUAGGCAUUUAUCACUAUUUUUUUUACAUUUUAUAAAAUAAACAAUGAAUCUAUUAUUACUAUCUUUGGUUGCAAAUCUCGUUAAAAUAUUCCUAUAACUUCAGUUUAAGUUCAAGGUGGUUAAAAAGCUUAAAGAGUUUGCUGUUUUUACUUUUUCAGAUUUAUUUACCACCAAGUGCCGUCUAGUUCUUAAUAUAUUCAUCUAGUUCCAUUAUAUUCAUCUAGUUCUUAUCAUAUUAAUCUAGUUCUUAUUAUAUUACAGAGAAGGAAGACACUAAAACAAACCAGAAUGAUAAGUAAAUAACUACAGCUGAGAGAAAAUGUGUAUUUUAUAAUUUUGGGGUGAAUUUUUCCUUUCAACUGCAAAACUAUUCAGCUCUGUUGUCCAAAUAUUUGGUCUUUAAAUGUGGAUUUCAGAUGAUGCAAACAUUCAUUUAAUCUUCAGAACAGACUCUAAUCCCUGUUAAGGCUGCACAAUAACUUUAGAUUUGAUCAGAAUUGAAAAAAAAUGUUUUAAAAAAUCACUGUAACUCUUCACAUUACAAAAAGUUUUUGGGAGAUUUUGCCAAAGAGUCUUAAAAUGACUACCAUCUACCAUAGAAAAAGACCAGUUAGGUUGGUUAGUGCUCCUUAGAAGGAAAAACUGAAGAAAAUUUGGGGUAAAUUCUAAAAAUCAAAGCCAACAUUUCAUCCUGUUACCAGAAUAGAAAACAAAAAGAAGAGAGAGAGAAAGAUUGUCAAGUCAGUAGUCUUUUACAGGUUGUGUUGCCAGUUGUGACAGUAAUAAAAGUAUUUACAAAACAGUUUUAUCACGCAUUAAGAAUCCCAUGGACUAGUGCAAUAUCCAAACAGCAGAAGGUUCUAUAUUUGUUAAAUGCAAAAAUUUGUUUAAAAAAAUCUCUUGAUCAUUUGAUAAACAUCCUCACCAAGAAAAUCACAGCAUGAUGAGCAAAAGUAAUAAUUCCCUCCAAUAUAAAUCAGAACCCAAACCAGAUCUACAGGUCCCUGAACGUCCCAUAAAUAAAUAGAUGUAUUCUGCCCUACAAAGUCUAACUGCAGUAACUCAAUUUUUUGGUCAAAAUUGAGUUAUAACUAAAAAUCUAAACUCCUUGAUGUCUGUUUUAUCUUGUGACAAAGUUUUAGAUUUCAAUUUUGCUUUAUUUCAGAGAAAUAAUUAUAUAAAAAACACAAAAUCCAACUCAAAACCAAGCAGAAAUUGCACUUACCACGAUCUGCUUUGGAUAAAUAUACUAAUUUAAACAUAAAAUAAUUAUAUAUAUAUAUAUAAAUAAUAAGUUUAUUUGAAAGGGAAAUUAUUAUCUAGGUAGUGAUAAAGUAAAAAAAGUGACUAAAGAUUAAAAUAUAACAUUCUUUAUAAUAAGUCAAAAAUACACACAUUUUUGAAUAUAUAAUUGUUAAACGCUUUUAAACACACUGAUAACAAAAUAAAUUUGAAAAUGUUUUUUCACUGAAAACUAAAUAUAAAAGCUGAAAGAAGACAACAUUACUUUAGGAACCUUUUACAGCAAAACCAGAGUGCAGGAACUACAUUUUUGGGGUCAAAGGUCAAAUAAAGCAUCAUGAUUUUUUAGCAUAAAAAUGACAUCAUCAAUACAUGUAGAAAUAAUUGGUUGGCCAGUUAAAAAAACAAACUUUAAAGCAGUUUUUCUCAGUUUAACCCUUUGUUAGUUACUGUAGUUAGACUUUUUAGGGCAGAAUAAUGAUAAGAAAUGUAUAAUUUAAUCUUAAUAACUCACAAAAAGCUUCUUGUAGCCAAAUAUGAUCCAAUAUUUCUAACUCUGGACAUGUUCGGCUAUCAGUCGAUAUAUAAUAUCAGUCAGAAUAAUAAUCGGAUUAGAGAUCAAAGUUCUCUGACGGUGUUGGGUUUCACACUCUCACUCUCUCUGGCUCGGAGGGACCACGUUUGCUGUACAUACUCUGCCUGUACGCUGUUCCUUGUAAGAUAAUAGAUGUUCUGUUCUCUUUAGUCCUCUUGUAAAAUAUAGUGUUAUAUUUUCUAUAUGAAGGAGAGGAGGAGAGAUGCUGCUGUGAGUGAUGUGUGGAUCGAUAAGACUUCAAACUGCGAGUUCAUCGACGGUUCGCUUGUUUUGUUUGAAAAUUCUGCAGCCGUUGAUUUGUGUGAAAAAAAGAAAACCAGCGUGGAGCCCGUUCACCAGGACAUUAAUGUUACAGAGAGCCCAGUUCUGCUCACUCUCAGCCCCGAGUCGCACAUUCACAAAGGUUUUUACACGUCUUGUUCUUGAAGAGGAACACCAGGAGUUUUUAAGAAAGUCACCAGUCAAACUUUAGUUUUCUCUACCAGCUUCUGAUUAACCAUCACUGGAGGGAUUUACAGUUUUACACUGCAGAAAAGGUGUUUAAAAACCAGAUAAAACAGUAAAUCUGAGGGAAAUGAUCUUGCUGCAUGGACAGAUUAUUUUAAGUGUUCAACAUGCUUAUUUCUAGAUUUAAUAAUCUUAAUUUAAGAAAUCUUGUCAAGGUAAAUUAUCUAUCCAUGCAGCAAGAUCAUUUCCCUCAGAUUUACUGUUUGAUCUGGUUUUUAGACCUUUUUUUGCAGGGCUUGAAUGGAGUUUUUCCUGCUGUGAUCUCUUAAAACUAAAGACUUGCCUGGUUUUACCUUAAACACCAUGUUUCUCCCUCUAAUCUUCGACUGAAUUUCCCCUUUUAAAUGCAGAAAAUCAGACUUAAAAGCCACCGAUCACCUUCAAGGUCUAGUUUUUUUCAUAUUUUUGCUGCAUUUUAAGCUGAGGUGUCCAAACUCUUAGCCUGUAUUUGUCAAACUUGUAAGAUUUACACAUUUCAGAAAGCUCUAAAAUGAGCAAUAAAAUACAUUUAUCAAGCAACUUCCUUCUACCUACAGCAGCUUUUAGUGAUCACAUAAUGAAUCCAGAGCAGAAAAAAAGUGAUUUACGAGGCACUUUGAGCUUCAAGCUCACAUAGAAAAACCAAUAUAAGAGAUAAUGAUAAAUAGCACUACAGGGAAGAGAGAAAAUUGUUGUUUUUUGUUUAUAUUCUCCUUUUAAUAUGUCAAAAACUGUUACACUACAGAGCAAAAAGCCAGUAAAUCCAUUUGAAAACGAUCCACUUUUCUACAGUAAAGAAGUUGUUUCUGGUCACAUUUCAAGAAAGAACUUAAAGUCUUUUAAGUAAAAGUGUUGUUUUUUUCAGCCUCUGUGGGAAAAUGUUCUCUCACUUGUCAGAGAACAUAAAAAGGAAAAAAAAAAGAUUUUUAAACGUCGACAUGAAAAGGAAAAAACUAGAUGCAUAAAAAGAAACAGAUGAUUAAAGUAGCUUUUUAUUUUCUACUUGUGUUCCAUUUUUUAAAAAUUGAUUCAGGCACUUUAUUACUGUGGCCUGUAUGUACAAAAGCUCAUAAUCUUAUUUAUUAGAUCAUGGUCUGAAACUUUAGGAUCCUUUAUGAUAACUUUGAUCUGUAAGAAUUAAAAGAAUAAAAAUUGUCGAUACCUCAGAUUAUAUUCACAUUUAUCUUCAAAGACAUCGAGGGAAAAAAAAUCUCACAAAACAAUUCUCAGUUGUUUUUGCAUUUAGAAAGUGUGUUUUUAUAUUUGUGGGUCACAAACACACAAUUUGUGCAGGAGGACUUUUUGCAAAAGCAUCAAAUUAUUCAAAUUAUUGUGACUGUAACUGGGAUUACUGGUCCAUACUGGUUUCGCUGUCAGAUAAAUGUGGGUUUAACUGAAAAGAACCCAACAAGGCUGGAGAUUACUGCUGGUGUCACUCAUUUAAAUACUUCAAAUUCCAAAUUUCAACCCUAGAGAAUAUUGGAGGAUAUUACAUACUGACUAAUAAUUUAGAUAUAAUAUUUAGAUAAAAAAGUUUACGAGAAUGCGCAGAUUUAUGAGAUUUAAAGUGGUGAAUCUGCAAGAAAAAGGUUGCUUUUUUCACAUUUUUUCUGCGACUUUUUUCGCGCAGAUUUGCCACUUUAAAUCUCUUAAAUCUGAGACUUUUUUUCUUGUAGAUUUGCUACUUUAAUCUAGUAAAUUUGCAGCUUUUAUCUCAAAAUACUAGCUGAUUAGCUGGAAGAAAUCCAUGUGGUUCUACGACCACAGAGACACGGGUACUCUGUUUUGGAUAUCUGCUGGAGUUACUAAUUACGGUUCUUCGCCCGAUAAAGAGUUAAAUGACUAAAUGUUCUUUCAGGUACUUUCCUGCAGUUAUUCAGCUGUUGUGGGGCUCCAUUAUGGAAAAAAAACACCAAUUAUAUCUAAUGAAAUGUUCCUCAAACAGGCUCAAAUUACCUGUUUAUCUCCAAGAUCCCACUGGAAAUCCUUGUGUUUUGUAAAAUCCCUUUAAUCUUUUUAUAUAAUUGAUGCACGACAUAUGGACAAAAAUGACCCGCAUUCAUUUCUCAUGUUAUUUUUAAUGCUGGCUAUUUGUUUCUUUGCUCUAUCUUUUUUAAUCAGUUUAUUUUAUGAUUGAAUAGUCCAAGUAUUCUUUGAAUAUCUUUUUUUAUUAUUACAACAGCUCAUUAUAUCCAUUUUUUCCUUUCAUACUUUAUGAAGGAAAUAGUUUUUGUAUUAUUACAUCAAUUUCACUCAAAAAUGACUCAUUCAUCCAAAUUUGAUUUAAAAUUAAAUGACCCAAUACUAUAAUAAUAAUAGUAAUUUAUUUCGAAUAGUUACUUUAGCAGUAAAAGGGGCCAAACACUCAUAUAUUUAAUAUAUUUAACAUGUUUAUGUAUCAUUUUGUCACACAUAUAGUGUAUCUGAAAGGUUUUCACAGCGCUUCACUUUUUCCACAUGUUAUGUUUCAGCCUUAUUCCAAAAUGAAUUAAAUUCAUUUUUCCUUAAAAUUACACACACAAUACCCCAUAAUUAUUUUUUUUUUUUACCCAUGUUGUGCAUUAGAAGCAGUAGUAGUGAUACAAAAAGUGUUUUUAUUCAUAAAAGUAAGAAAUGAAAACAAAUAAUUAGGAUGUAUGACGAUCAAAAACAAGUUAAUUGAGGAAAACCUGCAAUACUGAAUGAUGAAAUUAAUUUAUUGCAAAGAUAUAGAAAAAAAAAACUCAGUCGGGUCAAUUUAGACCAUGUUGUGCAUCAAAGGGUUGAAAAGAUUUUUACAGAGCCAGAAUUGAUUCUUUUAAGGUAAAACAUGGAAACUUUAUGAACAAAGUAGUUCUUAGAAAUGGCCAUUAAAUGUUUUAGAUGCACAAAUACAUUUGAAAUACAGUAAAAUAUCAGACAGAAGAUCUCCAUUAAGGAGGUAGAAGACACUGUCAGUUUAAAGCUCCACAGGUUGUUUCUUAAAGUUCAGUUUUAAUAGAAUCCACUCCCAAGAAGGAAAAAGUUUGAGAAAGAUUAAAUGAGUUAAUUCCUCCUGAAACAAGCAGCUCAGGGUUGAUUGACAGGCUGUAAAAUCUGAUUUAUCAAUGAAAUAAAACACAUUUAGAGUCUGAAUCUGUGAACAAACCACAAAGCUUGGAUGGAAAAUUACAAAAACCUUUGAUUAAAAACUAAAAGUUUCUCCACAGAUUGUGAUCCAGGUAAAAUAAAGAGCAUGAGACGUGUCCACAGACGUGUUUCCUGUUAUCAUGAUCUGACACAUUUGGGCUGUAAAUCCCUCAACAAAGUCUUUCAGGCACCAGAUGAACCAGCCCGCCUGUUUUAUAAAACAGCCCCAGAUCCUUCCACUGAACCUGCUGGGACUCGUGUUCAGCUCUGCGGCAGAAUGAAAAUUAUAUUAAAAAAAGUUCAGUCCAACUGAUGUGCGUUCAAACAGGAACAGCUGGAUGUGAAUGUGGCUCCUUCCAUUUCUCUGUUGUACUGUUACUGUAGUAUUGCUGUAACAUAAAUGUCUUCUAAGUUAUUAAAACCAACAUCCAAGGCAUCUCCUCAAAA